AUGUCUAUCACCGUCACGGAGACCAAGACAAACGUCAAUGGCCAGGCCAAUGAAAAUGGGGCUGCUUCUCUGAGGCUCACUGCUCCAGUGAAGACGGUCCCACUCAAGCUAUCUGGAGCGCUAGAUGGUUAUGCACACAAAGAGAUCACCCCAGUGAUAGGUACUGAGUUCCCUGAUGCCAACGUUGCGGACAUGCUGCAUGCUCCCAACGCUGAUGAACUCCUACGCGACCUUGCCGUAAUGGUCUCGCAACGCGGAUUCUGCAUCUUCCGUCACCAGUCCAAUCUAAGUAUUGCCGAUGAGAAGUUACUAUGCCACCGCCUUGGACAACUGACUACACGCCCAUACACCUCGAGCCUUUAUAUCCACCCAGUUAACCAGAUGGAGUUGGCGGACGGUUCAAUCGACCCUGAAGUCAUGUCUCCUUCGCGUAACACCAAGAAUAAACUGUACAUCCGCGAAGGUGGUUAUUCCAAGGGCAGCGAGCGCAAUCAGAGCCGUGCCGAUGGAUGGCACACAGAUGGUAGCUUCGAACAUGUACCACCUGACUAUACGCUUCUGCACAUGGUCAAGGUUCCUGUCGAAGGGUCCGGCGGCGACACUAUGUUUGCCAGCGCGUAUGAGGCGUAUGAUUUACUAAGCCCUCCGAUGAAGAAGUUCCUUGAGAGUCUCAACGCUACGUUUAUGCCCUGGGACCACAAGCCUGAAAACAUUAUCAAUCACAUGUGGAAAGGCACACGUGGUGCACCUGAGAAUCAAGGGCCAGAGUUGAGGGCUUCUCACCCAUGUGUCCGCACCAACCCCGUUACUGGGUGGAAGUCGCUGUUUGCGUUCGGACAUCACCUGGAGGAAUUUGAGGGUCUGGGAGAUGUUGAGAAUCGCAUAAUGAAGGAAUUUGUGCAGAGACUUAUCACAGAGAACCAUCAGUUGCAGGCGAGGGUGCGCUGGGAGCAGGAUGACCUCGUGAUCUGGGACAACCGAGCUGUCUACCACAGCGCUACCUACGACUACGGCGGUAUUAAGGGUGGGAAGCGCAUCGGUAACCGGGUUUGUGGUGUCGGCGAAAUACCCUACUUGGAUCCUCGUUCUUCAGGACGUCGAUAUGCUUUAGGAAUGGAUUACCUUGCUUAA